AGAAAAUACUUGUUUAUGGAUGUAUUCUUUGAAAGGGGACCAUUCAGCGUUGUAAGGAAAUGCAUUCACAGGCAGACAGGACAGACGUUCGCGGUAAAAAUCGUGGACGUGGCAAAGUUCACAUCCAGCCCCGGUCUAAGCACGAACGAUUUGAAACGAGAGGCCACGAUAUGCCACAUGUUAAAACAUCCCCAUAUAGUAGAGUUGUUAGAAACAUAUAGCUCGGAGGGUAUGCUCUAUAUGGUGUUCGAAUAUAUGGAUGGCUCUGAUUUAUGCUUCGAGGUCGUCCGGAGAGCAACUGCUGGAUUCGUGUACAGUGAAGCUGUGGCCAGCCAUUACAUGCGACAGAUCCUGGAGGCGUUGCGCUACUGCCACGAGAACGACAUAAUUCAUCGUGAUCUAAAGCCCCAGUGCGCCCUCUUAGCGGGCAAGGAAAAUUCCGCACCGGUAAAGCUACGCGGUUUCAGCGUCGCCGUGCAACUCCAGACGUCCCAGGCAAACGGCGUCGGGCUGACGUCUUCUCCGAGCUGCAAUUUCCCUUUCGAGGACCUGACCGACGCCGAGGAUUCGCUAGUGAGCGAUACGGAGGACAAUAUCGGUCGUGUUGGGUGUCCGCACUUCAUGGCGCCGGAAGUGAUCCAACGGAGACAGUACGGGAAGCCUGGUGACGUCUGGUCAGCCGGAGUACUACUUCAUGUCCUAUUAACCGGUACACUUCCAUUCGUCGGAUCUCGAGAUAGACUGCGAGAAGCAAUUUGCAGAGGACGAGUACAGAUGGAGACACCAUUGUGGGACAAUAUUAGUGAACCGGCCAAGGAUCUCAUACAAAGAAUGCUCACAACCGAUGUAAAUCAUAGGAUUACCAUACAAGAAGUGCUGAAUCACAAAUGGCUUAGAGAUCGUGAUAAGGGUGUGGCCAGAAUACAUUUAGCUGAAACUAUAGAAGAGCUUAAGAAAUUCAACGCUAGACGAAAAUUGAAAGAUGCUGUGAAAGUGGCGAUUUCGUCCUCCAAAUGGCACAUCCCGUAUUCGGAAAUUAACGGUGACAGCUUUUUCGAUAUAGGAGAUGAUGAAGUUAUAACCACAGGUGCUGUAGCUGAAAUUAUAGACUCUCUCGAUGAUAUUGAAGUACUUCAAGAGAGUGGAAGACUGACGCGUGCCGAGAUACUUAAUGCAGUUGAUGAUUAUCGUCUUCGAGCUAUUUUAGAGCUUUACGAUAGGAUUUCGACUCGAGUUCCAACGCCAUGUCGAGCGCCACAGACAGACGCUGUUCAGCGUGCGCGAGAGGUCGAAGAACUUCUUCGAGAAAUAGAGCAUUCAGCGAUACGAAACAUCGAUAGGGCGGAUCUUCGGGAACUCCAUGAACUUUUGGUCCAGCCACACAUGAGGGCGCUUUUGCAAGCACAUGACGUAGCGGGACAUGAAGUUUAUGGCGAAGAAGCCACCAGAGUUACGCCACCUCCUCUUCUCCCCUAUCUAAACGGAGGCGACGAUCUCGAGGGACAGAACGGUGAUUUGGACCUCGAAAAUGUAACGCGCGUCAGGCUGGUCCAAUUCCAAAAGAAUACGGAUGAGCCAAUGGGAAUCACUUUAAAAAUGAACGAAGAUGGAAAAUGUGUGGUAGCACGAAUUAUGCACGGUGGUAUGAUACACAGACAAGCGACCCUUCACGUGGGUGACGAGAUCAGAGAAAUUAAUGGGAUACCGGUGGCCAAUCAAUCUGUCAAUGCCUUGCAAAAGAUACUCCGGGAAGCACGAGGUUCGGUGACGUUCAAAAUCGUGCCAUCGUACAGGAGCGCGCCACCCCCCUGUGAGGUACAAUUGUUCAGGAUUAAGCCUCUGCCAGUGUUAAUAUUCGUUCGAGCACAAUUUGACUAUGAUCCGUUGGAGGACGAGCUGAUACCGUGCGCCCAAGCCGGGAUCGCGUUCAAAACCGGCGACAUCCUGCAGAUCAUCAGCAAGGACGAUCAUUAUUGGUGGCAAGCGCAGAAGGACAACGCGGCCGGUUCCGCGGGGUUGAUACCUUCUCCUGAACUUCAGGAACGACGUAUCGCUUACAUGGCAAUGGAAAAGAACAAGCAAGAACAAGAUGCUGAAGGAGAAGGAGGAUGUUCUUCUCACACCGAAGGCUGCGACGGUUCGACAGUGAAUUGCUCAAUAUUUGGCCGGAAAAAGAAACAGUACAAGGAUAAGUAUCUCGCAAAACACAACGCAGUAUUUGACCAGCUGGAUCUGGUCACCUACGAAGAGGUCGUUAAGCUUCCCUAUCCUGCAUUCCAACGGAAAACAUUAGUAUUACUGGGAGCACAUGGCGUUGGUCGUCGUCAGAUAAAAAAUACCAUUAUCGCGAAGCAUCCUGAUAAAUAUGCCUAUCCUAUUCCACAUACAACGAGGCCUCCACGGAACGACGAAGAGAAUGGUCGCAAUUAUUACUUCAUAUCGCACGAUGAAAUGAUGAACGAUAUCCAUUCCAAUGAAUACCUCGAAUAUGGUACGCACGAGAACGCAAUGUACGGAACGAAGCUCGAGACGAUCCGGAAAAUUCACGAAGAGGGGAAGGUGGCGAUAUUGGACGUCGAGCCCCAAGCCUUGAAAGUGUUGCGUACAGCAGAGUUCGCGCCUUAUGUAGUUUUCAUCGCUGCUCCAGUGUUCGAAAAUAUCACCGAUUGCGACGGGAGCCUGGCAAGACUGGCGAAAGAGUCUGACUCGCUGAAGCAAGCGUACGGCCACUUUUUCGACCUGACCAUCGUGAACAACGAGAUAGACGAGACGAUCGCGCAAUUGGAGGCGGCCAUCGAGCGUGUACACACGACACCCCAAUGGGUACCGGUUUCCUGGGUCUACUGACAGCGAACCUCGCCAAUUCGGCAGAUCACUAACUGCAAUGGCUCGUCGAACGUGAAACAGUGAUCAUCGAAUCGCGAUCCACCGAACGACCGGUCCGUUUGCGAUCGUUUUAACGCGGAAACGAUAAUCUUCACGGCGUCGUGCGCCUUUAACAAUUCACGGUGUUCGUGGGGGAUUAGUAUCGUGGCCGUUUCGAGGCGGGCAGCCGCGUAUAAACGUAACGUCGGACCAAUCGAACGAACGAAUUUACCGUCGAUAAUUCUUCGAUCGAUCAACACCACGAUAUCGACUGGAACGCGUGACUUUGGCCGUGUGUUCAUCGACUUUUUUCAUUACUAUUUCAAUUAUUCUAAUUAUUAUAUCGUUAUUGUUAUCGAGCGGAGAGUGGCGAAGAGACGAAACUGUUAUAUCACCGAGGCGUAUAAAUACGACAAUCAAAAAAAAAAAAAAGAAAAGAAAAGAAAAGAGAGAAAAAAGGUAAAAAUAAAAGGAAGAAAGGCAGAGAGAGAACAGAGGUAUUUCGAUUUAAUUAAUUAAGGCUCCAUAGGACUAUAAUAACGUUGCUGCUUCCUCGAGAUAAAUAAAUAUAAGCAAUACGAUUUCCACGUGUAAUCUAUCGUCUCGGUUAAAAUACGUUCAACGAGUUGUAAUUAAAAUUAAAAAAAAAAAAAAAAAAAAAGAAAAAACCGAGUUCAUUUCCCCGCGAAUUAUAGUUAUACACUCUCGAUCGCGCAGUUUUCUCUCUCACCCUCUUCGCGCGUUCUUCCGCUUUUUCUAUUUCAUUUUCCUCUCCAUCUUGUCUCUCUUUUUCUCUUUCUCUCUUUUCCUCUCUCUCUCUCUCUCUCCAUUCCAUAAUCUUGUUUCUUGCAUUUUUUCCUCCAAUACAUUCCUCGCGCCACGAAUUUUUUAGCGCGCGUACACGAAUUUAUCGCUAGUUUCGUCAGUCUGUACGCAAGCGAUAACAAUGGUAAACGAAAAAAGAGAAAAGAAAAAAAGGAAGAUAAAGGAUGAAUCGAAAAGCAGCAACACAGUUUACAGUUUGCUUUUUUUCGAGGAUCAAUCUAUCGAUAAGGAUCAUGAUGAGGAACGGUCGUUCGAAUGUUGACAUGUACCGCUUGUACCGUUCUUGAGAAAAAAAAGAAAAGAAAAAAAAAAAGAAAAAAAAAAAAGAGAAAAAAGAAAAAAAACGAUAAAAAUCUGUCAAUCGACUAUCCGUAACCUAAUAAUUGCCCCCCUAUCGUAUUCUCUUAUAACUAUUUACACGAAACGAAAAGAAAAAGAAGGAAGAAAGUGGAGAAAAAAAAAAAAGAAAGAAAGAAAAACACUAGGACCGCGCUGUUCGAUAGUCCGGCAUUUCCGCCCGCUAAAUCCCACCGUAAAUAGUCAAUCUUUGCUCGAGUUGAAGGAAAUACACGGACUAUCGUAACGGCUAGUCGUUUACCUGUAACUUUUAAGCAGUAGAAAGAAACUUCGCCGAUUUCGUCUAGAGUACUUCCAACAUCCAACGAAAGGUUCAUCUAUGAGACUUCGAGAUGAACCUUCGUACGUAACAAUGUAUAUGCGCGAGCGCUGUUCUUCCUUAGCCAUAUUUUCUUUUACCUUUCUCUUCUCUCUCUCUCUCUUUUCUCUCUUUCUAUCUCUUUCUCUUUCUCUCUGUUUCUUUCUUGACUCGAGGAUCUUCGGUUUUCUCCAGAAACUUUCCCGUUUUAUUUCUUUCUCUCGCCGAAUCUAGGACGCGGAGAUCUCGUGCAGUUCCUCGUCGUUGUAUCGUUCCUCGAGCGAAAUCAAAGAGCAUCGACCGGAAUAAUUAUCGUAUAAAAAUAAUAAUAAUAAUAAUAACAAUGAAUCUCGUUGCUGCUUUUUGGCUCGAUGUUUCGGAGCGACGAACGAACACAUCUUAGAUCCCGGAAAGAUCAAAGGAAGAAGAAAAAAAAAAAAAGAAAAAACGUGAUGAUUUUACGUUCGACACAAACGACAAAACACACGUACACACAUCAAACUGUAAUAUCACUCGGUUCGCAUUGCACCCUCGUACAAAGCGCAUAAUCGAAUGACGAAGUAAGAGAGAAACGCGGUUUACUAUACGAUAUUUAUAACACGUAAACUCAAGUAAAUAGAUAGAUCUACCAAAUCUAUAUGAAAUAAUAACUAAACACCGUCUCGCAUUAAAGGGAAAUAAUUUAAAAAGAUAAAGGUAAAAAUAAAGUUACAAAAGUCUAGUACACACGUACAUACACGCGCAUACACUGACAAAAAUACACGAAUACACGCGUAGACGCUUACAUGAAAACAUAACGCAAAAUACACGCAACAUAUAAUAUACAUAUAUAUAUAUAUAUAAAUAUAUAUUUACAUAUAUAUAAAUUAUACAAAAGUUACACUUUACAACGUAUGGACGAACAUUAAUAUACAUACAUACACAUGGACAAGUAACGCGGAUUCACGAGAAACAGAUUUAACGAUUUAGAUAAUUAAUUACGAGCGAAUUAAAAUAAAAUUAAUUGUGUAACUAAUUAAUACUAAAUUAUUAGAAGACUAAUUAGGAGAAAUUUGCAUAUGCAGCCCGUAGAGCGAAGAAGGAGUGAAUGCGUGUACGUACGGGUAUGGUGUGAAUCUCUAAUUGCAUUUCGGCGAUCUGCGUUUUUGAUCGACCCUUCACGCGGCUUUGUUCAGAACUUGUUCAAUUACAGCUCAACUACUUAUAUUUGAGAAGAAGAAGAAAAAAAAUAAAUGAAUAAAAAAUAAAAAGAUUAAAAAAAGAACAUUCGAGAGGAACAUACGCACACACGUACACAUGGCACAUACGUACAUGCAUACCGACAUACGUAAAACAUAUGUGCAUACAUUUCAAAUUUGCAAAACACGCGUACACAUAUAGGUUUUACUACGUUCUUCCUAUUCGACACACGAUAUUAGUCAUCGAGCGUGUAAUUAUCCUUUAAUAAACGCGAUAAAUACUUCGAUGGCGGAGUUAAAUACAAGUGAAAAUAAAAAAAAAAGAAGAAAUAAAAAGAAUCAAACCAACAAAGAGAAAUCGAAGAAAAAUGCCAUCGAGCGCGUUAUUAUACUUAGCGAGGAACGGCUGCGAGAACGUCGACAAGCAGCAGCAGGGCCCACCACAAAUACGAAGACAAGUCUGAAAUCAUUAAAAAAAAAGGGGGGGGGAAGGGAAGGAAGGAAAAAAAAAAAUGAAAAAGAACGUCGCGUGAAACUACGUGAAGGAAAGCUCGUGUCGGUAUGAUCGUUUUGUGUGAGUGAGAAAACUUAUCCGAGACGCAAGAAGAACGAAUCUUCAGUGAUUUUGUAAUAUUUCUUAUAAGUUGUAGCUGCCAUAUCCAAUAAAAUUAAGUACUAUAGGUGCGCUGGGUGAUUAUCUGACGACGACUGUUGACGAUUAACUCGAUUCUAAUGGUGAUGAUGGUGGUGUUGAUGAUGACAUAUAAUGAUGAUGAUGAUGAUGAUGAUGAUGAUGAUGAUGAUGAUCAAAAUGAUCCUACGUGCUCCUGCAAGUGUGUGUCCGCGACUUUGGAUGAGUUACGCUAAGAUGUUGAAAGACGACGGGUCUAAAGAAAACAAUAACAAGUUCAUUACAAUUAUGUAAUUAUAAGUAAGAGAAAGAGACGAAGAGUAUUAUAACACGUUGUUAAUUGAAUUAAUAAAACUAGCCCAAAGUGUC